UAGGGGGAUAGAGAGCUAUCAAUCAGUGUUCCCUGUUUUCCACUGUUUUCGUGUCAGAAAUCCAUGUGUUUGGUUGCUGUAACAAAGAGAGAAAUUUUUUCCUUUCUUUCGGGACAGCAAAGAAACGAAGGGAAAAAAAAAGGGAAAACGCGGUUUCCUAUGAUUGAUUGCGGAUCCGGAAUAACUACUGCACCGUGCUGCAGUGGUGAUUUAGGAAAGGAUCAGAGUUUACUCGCACAUAUCGAGUUCUUUCUCUAAUACGCUCUCUUGGUCUGGGCGCAGAUUUAGUCGAUUAGGAUAACAUAUCCAAGAAGUGGAGGGUUAGGGUUUGUAAUCCUGCCCAAGUAAAACCGUAAAAUCUCUUCCUGGUGAAAAGAAAUAAUAAUAUAGAGAAAAGGGUGACUUGUGGAUGUGAGAGAAAGGGGGGAUGAUUUUAUCGGAAAGUGUAGCUUGAUCUCCAGUAUCUCUCUCACUGUUUGGGUUCUUGGUUCACUGUCAGGAGACAGGAGGAGGAGGAGGAGGAGGAGGAGGAGAAUUGGAGAGAGGUUUGGGUCUGGAUAGGUUCAUGGGCUUUAUGGUCUUGGGAUGGGAUAUCCCCGAAUCUCGCGAUCUCUUAUGAUUCGUGAUCUAGCUAGGUUUCAUCUGCUGCCCUCCUCCCAUCUCCAUCACUGAGUCUCUUUGCUCUCCGGCCGAUCCAUUGUCUGUUUAGUCUUUCCUUUGAGUUUCUUGGCUGGGAACAAGGGACUGCUGGUGUUGUUCUUGAGGUGCAUCGCUCGACCACUUACAAGUCAACCGGGGGGAUUUCUUAUGAAUUCCUCUGCGAUCUCGUUGGAGGCCGGUCGUGGAGGCGAGGAGUAGGUGAAGUGCUUCAUCCGAAGGAAGGGCUCUACUUUGAGAUGGAGUGGAAUACCAAGUCUUGCUCUCUCUGGGACUGGGAUAAUCUGGCGCUGUUUGGUGGGAAUUCCAAGCAGGAGCUGCAGACUAACUGGAAGGUUGAAGUCAAAGCCGCUGGAGGGAUUGACAACGGCUUGGUGUAUUCAUCUGUUGGCGGAGGCAGUGGCGGAGGUGGUGCCUGCUCUGGCUCUGAUUUGGGGAAUGGCUCCUCGUCUAAGAGCUCCAUCUCAGCCUCCAUUGAUUCUUCGUCAAAGGCGGGGGUAAAAAUAUCGGAGUUCAACUUUGAUGGAGUGAACAAGGAUUCGAUGAGAGUGCAGGAUGGUGGAUCAUCUGCGGCGGUGGUGACGGCGGCCAUGUCCCAGGAGUCUUUGAUUGGUCUGAAGCUUGGCAAGAGGACUUACUUUGAAGAUGUUUGCGCGGGGAGCAAUGUUAAGAACCUGCCAUCAUCUUCUUCUUCAGUAUCUGCGGUGCUGCCUGCAGGUGUGGUUAAGAAGCCUAGGGUGACUCAGCAGACUGUGCAAAGUACUUGCUGCCAGGUUGAAGGUUGUAACGUUGACCUGAGUGGAGCUAAAGAUUAUCACCGCAAGCACAGGGUCUGUGAAAACCAUUCCAAAUCCCCCAGGGUCAUUGUUGCUGGUCAGGAGCGUCGGUUUUGUCAGCAAUGUAGCAGGUUCCAUGAUUUGUCCGAGUUUGAUCAGAAGAAACGAAGCUGCCGUAGACGCCUUUCUGAUCACAAUGCACGUCGUCGCAAGCCACAGCCAGACACAAUCUCAUUUAACUCCACAAGGCUUUCUUCACCAUUUUAUGAUGAUCGGCAAAAUUUUCUCUGGAAUCAACCUCCAUUUGGUCAAAUGAGGCCCACAGUAAGUUCCACAUGGGAAGGCUCAUGUGACUUUAAAGUGUUGCAAAUGAAGGGGUCUUUGAUGAAGUCGACAAAAGUAGGGGGCAUUGAUGGACAGCUGCAUCUGCCUAACUCCCAGCGAUCAAAUACCUUUUCAACACUUUCUCAAGAAGUAGACAGGCUCUUGCCACUCAAGGGCACCCCUGCCGAAGUCCUCAAUCAUGGUCCGGAAGUGUCUUUAACUGCUUCAAACUUAGAUGGAGCACUGGAUCUUCGGCGUGCUCUCUCUCUUCUGUCAACCAAUUCGUGGGGUUCAGCUGACCCUGGAACAACAUCUUCUCUCGUCCAACUUGGCCACGCUAACCACACCGGCACAGCUCAGCCUGCAGUUCAUGUAAUGAGUUCAACCUCAGAGUAUUGGCAGGAUGAACAUGCCCUUGCUCAGCAUGGGCGGGUGCUUCCAAUUGCUGCACAUAGGAGUGGUAGCCAGUUCCAGGAGUUUCAGCUGCUUAGGUCUCCCUAUGAGACUACGUUCUUUGACUCUAAUCAGAUCCAUUGAUGCCCAAAAUCACAUUAACUGCUUUCUGGAUGGUAGAACCUGAGACCUUCAUCCUUUUGCAUCACCAAAAUUCCUGAGGCUGGAGUUCCGCAUUGCAGCAGUGGAAACUGGAUCUCAAAGGACGGCUUCAUGUUCUAAUUGUGCAUCAAGAGUGGUAAAUUAGAGGGCGUACAAUCUGUAUUGAUAUGUCUAUUGUCAGACGAUGAACCUUGAUUUAAGUUUGGGUCAGGGAAGCUUUUGCAAGACUUCAAAGGGGUACACCUUUGGAAGGGAAGUAGUUCUCGAGUGCUUUUACCUUUUGUAUGAUAAUCAUAAAUUGCAGGCAUUUCUUGUAAAACCAUUGCAUUGCGUUGGUCAGUUGCCUUGGCUCUGUUUCAGAUGAAACUUGAUCUUUGUGCUAAUAAUGGUCAAACCUCAGGUAUUGGUUUUUAU